AGUGUUUAGGUGUGUGUUACAUGUGACGUGUGUUUAAGUUAAAGUGGCAUGUGUGUGGAGGAGGCCUCCAGUUAAAGUGCAUGUUAAAGUGACAUGAUGAAACUAUGCGUGGAAUGUGCCUUGGAGUAAGAAACGCGUCGUGGUAGCCUUAUCCCCGAGUUGUAUUUAAGAAGGUCACCAAUGUCUUGUUCUCAUUCUAGGAUGACGAGUGGGGAAACAUUAAACUGAAAAAUGGAAUGACUCUGCUGAUGAUGGGCUCCGCUGAAGCCCUGCCCGAGGAGCCUUCUGUGCGGCCCGUGUUUGUGGAGGACAUGACUGAGGAGCAGCUGGCCUCGGCGAUGGAGCUGCCAUGUGGGCUGACCAACCUGGGCAACACCUGCUACAUGAACGCCACGGUGCAGUGUCUGCGCUCUGUGCCGGAGCUCAAAACUGCUCUCAGAAGGUAUACAGGUGCUCUGCGAUCUUCAGGGGCGAACGCACCGUCACAAUACAUCACCGCAGCCCUUCGUGACCUGUAUGAGACCAUGGAGAAGACCUCAUCUAGCCUGCCACCCAUUAUUCUGCUGCAGUUCCUCCACAUGGCCUUUCCUCAGUUUGCCGAGAAGGGGGAUCAGGGACAGUACCUCCAGCAGGAUGCCAACGAGUGCUGGCUGCAGAUGAUGAGAGUGCUUCAGCAAAAGUUGGAGCCGUUGGAGCCGGAGGCUUCCAUGGAGGUGGAGAGUGGAAGUGGCGCCGCCUCGUCCUCUACAAAGAAGAACUUAAUCGAUCAGUAUUUCGGCGUGGAAUUUGAAACUGCUAUGAAAUGCACAGAGGCUGAGGACGAGGAGCCAAUCAAGGGCAAGGAAAGCCAGCUGCAGCUCAGUUGCUUCAUCAACCAAGAAGUCAAGUACCUCGCAACAGGACUGAGACUGAGACUGCAGGAAGAAAUCACAAAAAUGUCUCCCUCCUUGGAAAGAAAUGCCCUGUAUAUCAAAUCUUCUAAACUCAGCCGUCUCCCCGCCUACUUGACUGUUCAAAUGGUCCGAUUUUUCUACAAAGAGAAGGAGUCCGUCAAUGCGAAAGUCCUGAAGGACGUCAAGUUCCCGCUCAUGCUGGAUGUCUUCGAGCUUUGCACCGAAGAGAUCCAGGAGAAGAUGCUGCCAAUCAGGUCAAAGUUCACGGAGCUUGAGGACGAGACUCUAGAGCAGCAGCAGAAAAAGCUGUUGAACAAGACGGAUGCCGCGAAGGUGAAAUAUGAGCCCUUCUCUUUCCCCGACGACCUCGGCUCCAACAACAGCGGCUACUACGACCUGCAGGCCGUGUUGACGCACCAAGGCCGCUCCAGCUCCUCGGGUCACUACGUGGGAUGGGUCAAGAGGAAAGAAGACGAGUGGGUGAAGUUUGACGACGACAAGGUGAGCCUGGUGUGCCCGGAGGACAUCCUGCGGCUGUCCGGCGGCGGGGACUGGCACAUAGCGUACGUUCUCCUGUACGGCCCGCGGCGGCUGGAAAUACUUGAAGAGUCAGCGGAGGCGUAGCGGCGGAAGAUUUUUUUUCUUUU